AUGUUGGAAUCUGUAAAUGUAUCUUUAGAGGCAGAAACAGCUUUGUAUUGUUUUCCUGAUUCAAAUAAUUCUUGUAUGAAAAAUUCGUACCAUGUGGUGGGUCAAGCCACAAUAUAUUCUUUACUUGUGUUGGCAACGAUCAUCACAAUUCUUGGGAACUCUGUGGUGAUCGUCUCCAUAGCUCAUUUUAAACAGCUUCACACACCUACUAACAUGCUGGUGAUGUCUUUAGGUGUUGCAGAUCUGCUUCUGGGACUGGUGGUCAUGCCGUUCAGCAUAAUCAGAUCUGUGGACGGUUGCUGGUACUUCGGUGAAGAGUUCUGCCUUUGGCACACUACUCUUGACUUGUUCUUGACCACUGCGUCGGUCUUUCACCUGAUUUUUGUGGCUGCAGACCGGUAUCAGGCAGUGUGCCACCCGCUUCAGUACCCAACAAGAGUGACCCUCUCUGUGGCGUGGCUGAUGGUAGCUGUGAGCUGGAUUGGUGCUACAGUGUAUUCCUUCGGCCUCCUGUUCUCCAAAGCACAUUUGGAAGGUUUAGAUGAUUAUGUGGCAGAUGUCAGUUGCCAGGGGUAUUGUAACCUUUUUUUUAAUGCACUGUGGUCAGUUCUGGAUACAUGCAUAUGUUUUCUUUUGCCCUGCUCUGUUAUGGUUGGUCUGUACGUUCAAAUAUUUCUUGUUUCAAAAAAGCAUGCAAGAAAAAUUGAUGAUGCUAAGCAGAGCAAAACCUGGAACAAGGUUUCACAGAAGGUAAAACAUGAGAACAAAGCAGCGAAAACACUCGGGAUUGUUGUGGGUGCUUUUAAUUUAUGCUGGAUGCCGUAUUACAUUAACUCAUUACUUGAACCAUAUAUUAACUUCUCCACCCCUCCAGUUCUUUUUGAUACAUUUGGAUGGUUGGGUUACUUAAAUUCCACAUUGAACCCAAUUAUAUACGGUCUUUUCUAUCCGUGGUUCAGAAAAACGCUGUACCUCAUUGUUACACUGAAAAUAUUUGCUCUGAACUCGUCUGAUAUAAAAGUUUAUGGACAUUAA